AUCUUUUUUCUUUAAAAUUACUGUCUGUACGUCGUAGGUCGUAUCGUAGUUGAGACGCUUCUUCCCGCAUUUGAGAAUCUGAAGAAAGUCUGUUUAUUUUAUACCCUCCUUUACUUGGUUUAUUUACUCAAUCUUCAAUAAAUAACGAAAAUUGUACAUAUACUGUAGCAAGAUGUCGAUGGAAAAAUAUAAAUCUCUUCAGAAGCUAUCAGCGAGUGAGUUAAAAAAAAAAUGUCAAGAUGGCAGCUUGAAGAACACUGGUACUAAACAUGAGAUGGUUCUUCGUCUUUGUGGCUUUGAGGACCCAAACAGAAUGUCGUUUAAGGCUGUUAACGAAUGGCUUGAGAACCAAGGUGUCACCAACAUCAAAGGAGUCAGCAAGUGCCUCUGUGCAGGAAUCCAGAACGGCUUCAUUAAGAUCAAUGGUGAUGAUCCUUUGAACAAUGUUGUCAUUUCCGAUGAGUGCUGCCUUUGUGAUCAUAAAAUAACAGUGACCAUCCGUGACCUCCUCUACCAACCAGAUUAUGCCGGACAUGAUUUUGAGGAUGGUAGUUUGGAUAAAAUGGCAGACGAGUACGAGUUUGACAGUGCACUGGAUCUACUUCUGAUGCUUCCAAUUCCUGCAUUGCAGGUGAUUUGCAGAGAUGCAAACAUGGAGGAAAGCGGAACAAAACUAGAGCUAAUUAAACGCAUACUGGGCUUUGAGAAAGUAAAACAAAAAAGUCGAAUGACUAUGAAGGCUGUGAACAAAUGGCUGGAGGAUCAAGGUGUCAUUGACGUUGACAGUGUAAGCAAAUGCCUUCGUGCAGGAAUCCAGAAGCGUUCCAUUGACAUCAGUGGCGAUAAUCCUCUUGAUAAUGUUGUCGUCGUUGACAAGUGUUACAACUGUUUACAUGAACUAAAAGUGACUAUACGUGACCUCCUAUACCAACCAGAUUCUGUGGGAGUUAACUUCAGGAAUGGCGGCAAGGAGGCGACAGUGAAAUGUCCGAAUGAGAAGUGCAAACUUCUUGGUGUUUAUGUGACAAGCAUCUGCAGCAAAAGGUCAAUGGAGGUUUGUGAUGGCCUGUUUCACCACCACUGUAGUCUUUGUCCUGGAUUUGGAAAGUGCAUUGGAAGUAAGUGUAAUGAUACUCACUGCCGUGUGUGCGGCAAACAUUACUAUGCUGGCUUUGAGGGGGAAAAGCAAAAGCAGUGCCCUUAUUGCAAAUGCUGAUCCAAAGAUGACUGAUGUGGUGGCAGAUAUUGGUUUUACAUUCGAACAGUUUUUAACGAUUUAUGACUGUGUUUUUUAAGUUUUUAACUUUCCAAUUUUUCCAACAUUUCUAUAGUUAGCAGUUUGUAGUUGGUGUGGACAACUUAUGUAUUCAAUUUUGUGAUUACUAUAAAAAAGUGUUUAAGAUCUUAUUUAUAAUUGUUGUUUUGUGAAUGCUUUUGUAUACAGUACAUUAUAAAGCAUAUUUCAAUUAUUUUAUACUUUUUCAAGAAACUGAUAUUUUCUGAGAGUUGCACAACCAUGGGGGCAGAAAAGUAGUAGGCAGUGAAAUAAGAGCAUAUAAAGAGGUUUGAAGCACGGUAGAGUAGACUGGAUUCCACUCUCUAAAUUUUGCCAUCAGCUGUAGCUAAAAAAGUGACCAGAAAACAAGUUCCGUUCCAGAAUAAUGGAGACUACUUUUUGGAUGCAUAUAUUAUUAAUUCAAUCCUUGCUACACAUUGUGUUAAAAGUUCUCCGCAAUAAAACCUGCAGUUUUUUGUCAGGACACCUCCAAACAUGCUGAAUACACCCCAAAAUAGCCGGUUUUGAGGUCUGAUACCAUGUUUAGGCGUCAACAACUUCUCAACUAAUUACAUGUCAUAGUCACAGUUUUCAGCGUUGAUAGAAGUUAUAGUUUUAAUUUGACAACUAAAAGCUGGUGAUCCAAUUCUUAUGGGCCUUUAUGUAAUCGGAACUGGAAAAACAGUGAUUUACUCAGGAAAACUAGUUUUUUUCGACUAAAAUGCUAUGUUUAACUAUUAGUAACUUUGAAUAUAAUGAUACUUGAUGCUCCCAAUUUUUAGCGUUGAUAGGAAUGACAUUCCUUUUUAUGAUAUUAAUAAUUUGGUAAUUUAAUGUGUAACAGUCAUUGAAAAAAAAAUACAAAAAAAUGCCUAUUUGUUUAAAAAAUACCUUCUUUAUUCAACUAAUAUGCUAUGUUUAAGCAUUCAUAUAUUAAAAAAUAAUUAUACCUAAUGCUUAGAACUUUCAAUAUGGAUAGAAAUAGUAAUU